AUGGCCAAUUCCACGAUGGCCGGCUGGGCACGUGAGCGGGGAAUCUCCUUUUCCACCGAUGACAUAAGCAGGCGCGCGCUCCCCUUGGUGGCAAAGGGGAAAACCCCGUGGCCUGGCCAGGCAAAGUUUGGGGGAAAAGAGGAUGAUGAUUCCAGGAGAGAGCCCCUGUGGUCGCGACUCUUCUCGUCAACUUAUGCUGGCUAUCGCCAUUUGAAGCCUCCGGGGUCGAGGUACUCCGGUCGCUAUCGUCGCUCUCUAUUCCGCCGCAUCUGCAAUUAUUUUUAUGCCGUUAUCGGCAUAAUAUUCCUUCUCAUCGUCCUAACAUCCAUAUUCCGGCCCUCCUAUACCCGGCCACCGCCACAUUACUUGUCGCUUCGGAAUGCGGUGUCUCAGUCAACGAAAUCCGGCCGAGGCAACAUCCGCAACGAGAAAGUCUUCAUCGCAGCGAGCUUGUAUGACCCUGAUGGGGAACUAGCACGAGGACAUUGGGGGGACAGUGUGCUUGAGCUGAUCGAUCUGCUCGGAGAAGACAAUGUUUUCUUAAGCAUCUAUGAGAACGACAGCGGUCGAGAUGGAGAGAGUGCGCUUCAAGAACUGGCGGACCGGACCACGUGCCAAAAGUCCAUUGUUUUCGAGCAGCAUCUGGAUCUGGCCGACUUACCGACAGUUGCCGUUCCCGGCGGUUCAAGGCGGAUCAAACGUAUCGAGUACCUGGCGGAGGUGCGGAACCGAGCUCUAAGACCGCUGGACGACCAGCCGGGAGUGCGCUACGAUAAGCUGCUCUACCUGAACGACGUUGCAUUCAACCCGGUGGAUGCGCUUCAGCUUCUGUUCUCCACAAAUGCCACGGAUGAUGGCGUUGCUCAAUAUCGGGCCGCAUGCGCCGUGGAUUUCAUCAACCCAUUCAAGUUUUACGAUACUUAUGCGACGCGCGAUUUGCAGGGCUUUGGCGUGGGCGUGCCCUUCUUCCCGUGGUUCACUAGCGCUGGGCAAGGUCAGAGCCGCCAGGACGUACUCGCUCAGAAAGAUGCCGUGCGGGUGCGGAGUUGCUGGGGAGGAAUGGUAGCAUUCGACGCCCGAUUCUUCCAGCAUGGUACAACUUUGUCGGCCAUGGGUAUGCAGCCCCAGUUGUCUGAAGAGGACAAAUCACCUGCUCGGUUCCGGGCGUCGCAUGAUACGUUCUGGGAAGCUUCUGAGUGCUGUCUUAUCCAUGCCGAUAUCCAGAAGCCUCAGCCGGAUCCAGAGAAGAUCACGGACACGGGGAUCUAUAUCAAUCCGUAUGUCCGGGUUGCGUACGACACCCGCACCCUUUCCUGGCUAGGAACUACGCGGCGGUUCGAGAAGCUGUACUCAUGGAUCCAUGAUAUUCUCAACCAAUUCAUUGGCAUGCCUUGGUUCAAUCCUCGACGAACCGAAGUCCCCGGCCAGAUUUCCCAGGAGAAAGUCUGGAUCCCUGAUGAACAAGGAGAUGGAAAUGGGUCAUUUCAACUCGUUGAUCGGGUUGCAGGCAAAGAUGGCUUUUGCGGACGCCCAGGACUCCAAGUCAUUAUCGAGCAUCGCAAAGAGGGCCAGAAGGGAUAUGAGGAGAUCGAGGCUACGAGUUAUGGGUACAUAAAUAUCAUCUUGAGACUCCCAUUGGACAUGAGAUGUCUGCUUCUUGGACAUAGUUCAAUCCACACUGUAUCACAACUACAAAAGAACAUCAGCAGAUGGGACACUGAUGCUUGUAGAAUCACCUGUAGAGGGACUGUGCCAAAGCAUUCAGGACAAAACCGCCCUCGAACUGCCAUUCACCGUCAAAGUUCACCUGGUCACAGGCUGUUUUGGCGGGAUUUGCCAAUCAUAUUAGACCUCAUGUGUUAUUCCCUACUCUCUGUCAUGGAUAAGAGUACUGGUCCUACAAUGGAGUUUGCCAACAGGAUCACUAGUAUAAUCUACGGUGUGGUCGGCACUUUCAUGGAGAGGACCUCUUUCGGUCUCGAAGAGAGCCGUCAUGCGCCCAAGGCAGCCCUCGCGGAACCCCCUCUUCGUCGUUCUGGUAACGAGUCCACACACUUCACUGUCAACGAAAACAAAACCCGUCCUUCCUCUGCUCCUCCUUUUCCAUCUCGGUCUUCUCCGUCAAAGCUUCCCAUCGACACUUUCCCUCCCACUUCUUCUCUCCCUUCUUCUCCCAUAUCUUCAUCGUUUGGCAACACCAUGGAUGACAAGGAGAAUACCAAGGCGUUCCCUGUCGCCGAUGUGGACGACACGGUCAGCUUCAUGGCUGCUGCUCGCUCCUUGAAGAUGCCAAAGACCUAUGGCUCGCCUGCUGUUGCUACUGUUGUCGACGCGUCCAGUGAGAAGGCCAGUGCUUCAAUGAGUCGUCCCGAGUCUCGUGCUGAUACUUUUGGCCACGAUGCCACCGUGUCUCGUGAUGAUGAUGAUGUUUUUGGUAAACACCAUGCAACCAAAGCCAUUAACACCUUUGAUGACGAGUGGAGCAUCAAGCCUGAUGCCGAAGAACCUGAAGUGAAACCCGAGACCCCCAAGGCUGGAGCGUUCAAUGUGGCUGGUGACUUUAAGAUCCAGGACGACACCGCGGCUGCUAUCAGCACUGGUGUUAGUGGCUCGAAAGCUGUAGCUUCAGGUCAAGCCAGUGAGGUAGAGGACCGCGAGAACCUUACUACUUUCAAGAACUGGGGCACUCCUGCUGCUCGUGACAAGCCAGCUUCUCGUGUGCGUCGUAUUAUCAUCAGAGGCUUGCCCGCUACUUGGUGCACCUCUGCUAAGGUUUUGUCGCUUGUGCACGGUGGCAAUAUCGAGUCUAUUCACGUCCAUGGCAAUGGCACUGCUCAUAUUCUCUUCUGUGAACAUGAAGCAUGCCAGGCCUUCUACGACAAAAGGACCACCGUGUUUGUGGAGAUGGGCAAGGAAGUUGACGUGGUCAGCUCCCAGCUUUCUUUCAACCUGUCUGUUGGCUCGACUCGCGCUGUGAGGGCUGUUGGAGUCAACAUGGAUGCCAGCAUGGCGCAGCUGUACAACAUGGCCAGUGGUAGCGGUCGCAAGGUUGAAAAGAUCCUGGACUCAUAUGUGCCUGGAGAUGCCCGCAACGUCGUCUUCCGCUUCUGCUCCAUCGAGGAUGCUGUGCGGUUCCGCGGGAUUCUCGUACGUGAUCCUGAGUGGGAACACUGCAACGUUCAGUAUGCGACAGACCCCUGCGAGUUCGCUACCGGUAUGCACAUCGACUGA